GCUCGGGAGGUAUCUUCAGACCAAGAUGACGCACGUGACCCGCCGCGAUGCCCGGGCCAUCCGCCGUGAGCACGCCGAACGGGUGAAGCAGCAGGAGCUCGAACAGCAAAAGAAGGAGGCUGAAGCAAGAAGGAAGGAGGAGGAUCAGCGGCGGAGGGAGCAGCAAGAGCGUCAGAGGAGGCAGAAAGAGGAGCAGGAGGUGCGUCGGAAGCAGGAGGAAGAGCGACGCAAUGCCAUCGAGGAGAAGAAGCGAGAGAAACUCCAAGCGAAGGCCUUGCUUGCCCAGCAGGAUGCCGAGAAGCAGGCAGAGGAGCAGCGAAAACAGCAGGAGUUCAUCGAGCAGAAGCGACAAGAGAUUGAGAGGAAUGAGGAGUCGGAGCGACUUCGAGAAGAGCAGCGGCGAGUCGCGGAUCUCCAGCGCAAGGAGAUGGCCCGAGCGAGGUCGGAGCAGAAGAAAGAAGAGGAGGCCCGGCGCCGGGAGAAACUCCUCUCACGGAAGCAGGGCUACUCCUGGCGGGCCGAGGUGGAAGCGGCUCAGAGACAAAGGCAAGGGGACCCUGUGGAGCCCUGUGAGCCCAAGAGGGCUGAGAAGACGGACGACGAGGUUCAGGAUGCCGCAACGAAGCGGAGGCUGCAGAUCGAGGAGCAGCAAAGGAAGCGCAAGGAAGAAGAAGAGAGGCGAAGGAAGCAGUCUGCGAACUCGGACGUUGACAAAGCUGUUUCUGGAAACGAGACCUACGAGGAGAAGAAACUGCGGCUCAUGGCCCUUGCCCGAAAGAAGCGUGAGGAAGUGGCGGCCACAGCCAAAUCCAGGCUGGCAAAGAUGCGCUUCUCCGGCGAAAGCGAUGAGGACUCCGACCAGGUCGACGACUUCAUGGUGUCUGCUCGGCGGGCAAAGGAGCAGCAGAAGGAAGCCAAGGACACGGACAAGACGAAAGAAGUGUCGAAGCCAGCUCGACAUGCACAGGCCUACUCGCAGGCGCCCGUGGUCUCCGAUUCUGAAGAAGUCGACGAGGCUCCCCCAGAGACGGUCGAUUUGCCGGCUGCAUCGGCUGGGGGUGCAGAGGAGCCAAGCACGGAGUUAGAAGUCGGAGACGACUGCGCACCUUCCGAGCCACCGGACACUGUGGACAAGGAGGAGGAGAGGCCGGAGCAAGGUCCGGAGACUGACGAGAAGGAGAUAUCCAAGGAUUCGGAGAAGACCGAGAGCCUGGUCUCGCCCUGUCAGGAUUCGAAGGAGGAGCCGUCUGAGCAAGCCCAUGCCGAGGAGGCCAUACUGACGGACGACAAGCUCUGCGAGAGCAUCCAACCGGAGCCUCCCCGCGUCGAGGAGCAGGCGUCCGAGCCUGAAGCUGACGGCGAAGCGAAGGAAGAAGAGGCUCCGAGUGGGAACGAGGAUGAUGUUUCGGAGCCUGAGCUUCUGGAGUCUGAAGAAGAGGAAGACACUGAGGAAGAAGAGUCGGAAGAGAUGGGAGAGCCUGCCACGGUUGAAGAGGAGGAGGAGGAGCAGCAGGAGGAGGUGGAAGUGCUUCAGCCCGAAAACUUCGAUUCAGCCUCGGUGCAAGUGGAAGAGCCCGAGGAGGACGUUGUGGAAGAAGUGAAGCCACCCGAAGAAGCGAAGGCCGAGGAAAAGGAGGGGCAGCGGAAUCAGCAGCCCGAGCCAGAUGCAUUCCGGACACAGGCGCCAGCGGUGCGCGCACCUUCGGUGCAGGCGAUUUUGGGUGCCAAGGAGCUCCUCUUGAAGAGCCUGGAGCAGGAGGAGCAUCUGGGCAGCACCCUUCCCUGGCCCAUCCUUCACCUCGGGCCUAG